AUGGAUGCGCAGUUCAGUCCCGCCCCGCGGGAAAUUUGGCACAUAUAUGAAGACUUGAAAGAGCUUCAUGUUGCACAAUUUGAGCACGCUGAGCGGAUCGCACAGCUUGAGCGCCGCCGGGACGAUGAUGCGAGGCUGAAAAGUGUUUGGGCUCCACUCUCUCCAUUCCCUACUACUCCGCUGGGAGGCCCUAUCCCUACAGAUCCCCCUGACAACUCUCCACACGACGCGUUCAAAGGAUUUGACCAAGGUCAACCUCACCACGGGAUGUCCAGCUCUGCCAUGGCCAUGGAAAGCUAUGAUGAACCGCGACGAGGUGCCUCGCGGGCCAAUAGUGUGCGUUUUGACGAGAGUGCUAUUCAUGGGUAUGGACAGGCCAAUCGGGCCAAUUCUGAUCUGCCACUCCGUACUGGCAGUGGGAUGGGAAGCUUCCAAAUGACCGAGCGGACACUCUCUCACCGGUCAGAUGGCCGACUUAGCUCCUCUGGACACUCGCUUCAUUCGGCUCGAACCAAUAGUAUGGGCUUGGAAACCAGUCGCUUUUUAAGCUCGUCUUACGGUGACUCGUCGCCCGUCAUCCCCCCACCUGGGUGGGCGCUUUUGGGACCCGUGCCAUCUAUCAUCCGAUGCUGGUUGACAACUCAUUUUUCGAAUGACACGCUCUUGUAUGCAGCAGUCUGCUCUGGCUCUUACAUGUCGACCCUGGGAAUAUCGACUAUCCACAACCUCGGGUUGGAGGAUUUGGUAGUAUGCGAGGAUGGCAACAAAUUUGUCAAGAUACCCGUAUAUCUCACAGAGGCCAGUAUUCACCAAACUCCCUCUCGCUCCGAAAGCCCUGAACCUCAGGUACCGGCUUUAACAGUUCGAUUCUUCGUACGCGAGACAAAUCACGCAGAGGAUUCGAUUGAGGUGAUCAUUGGGAGUGAUGUGCUUCUCUCACAUGGUGCUGAUAUUUUGCUCUCGAAGAACAAGAUUCUCAUGCUUGACGAUGAAAGAAAUAUUGUUUCCAUUCCCCUCGUGCGCCCCGAAAAGGAGUCUGCCUUUAUGACUCUGCUAACAGCCCCAAAUGCGAUCAAGACCGACCAUAAACCAGAGGAACCCAUGGUAAAUGGGAAGGGAAAUGCCGGUGUUAUUGGGCAGCCUAAUGACCCUCAUAAAUCAAUGUCAGCACCUGCUUCGGCUCGCGUCUCUGUUGGCAAUGCAGAUGAGGUGAAGAAGCUCUGUCUGCAAGAUCAAGUCCCGGCGCAUACUGAUUCGCAUCCCAAACCUGCUCCGGCUUCCGAUACACCCAUUACUCCUAAACCCGAGCCUGCUGGUGCUUGGCAGUCUUGGCGUCACCCAAAGCCUGACCCCAUUGCUGGUGUUGAUAAGAUUGCACCAGCCCGUCCUAUGAAAGUCCUUCGUCCAACCAAGCUGUCUAAUCGCGCAGUAUCCUACACGCCCACUGCGACAAAGUACACGGACCCGCUUAUCACAGCACCGAAAUCUGCCGGCCUCCCGUCCACGGACAUUAACUCUUCCCCUGUGACGUCCGCAACAAACCCCGUCGGUGGCGCUUCGGCCUUUGGAUGGCUCAACUCUUCCAACAAUGCGAGCCGAACCCGUUGA